AUGCCGGUUCUGGCAGUGUUGAGUGGCGGCAAGAUUGACGGCAAGGUGAUUGCGCAGUCGGUGAGGCUCGAGGUAAAGGAGGCCGUUGACGCGCUAAAGCGCGAGGGCAUCCUGCCCUGCCUUGCGACCAUACUGGUGGGAGACGAUCCGGCCUCGGCUACAUAUGUCAGAAACAAGCACAAGGCGUGCCAGGAGGCCGGGAUUGCAACAGAUGAUCACCGCCUUUCCGCCUCGAUCACGCAGGAGGAGCUUGGCAGGCUGGUGGACUCGCUCAACUGCAACGACCGGGUUCACGGAAUACUGGUGCAGCUGCCACUGCCGGAUCACCUGGACAGCUUUGAGAUCAUAUCUAAAAUGCUGCCCUCAAAGGACGUGGACGGCCUGACCCCGAGCAGCGCAGGCCUGCUCUCGAUGGGCAGGGCGCCGUUUGCCGCGUGCACGCCCUCGGGAAUCAUGAGAAUGCUGGACUACCACAACGUCGAUCUACGGGGCAGGCAUGUGGUGGUGAUAAACCGCAGCAACCUGAUCGGAAGGCCGCUGUACCACAUGCUGCUGGCCCGGGACGCGACCGUGACCACCUGCCACUCAAAGACCAAAGAUCUGGCACGGCAUACGCGCCUGGCUGACGUCAUAGUCACGGCAGUGGGCAACAGGGCAAAGUUCCUGCUGACCCGGGACAUGAUAAAGGACGGGGCGGUGAUAAUCGAUGUGGCAAUAACAAGACACGAGGGAAGGCUCGCAGGCGAUGCGGAUUAUGAGGACGUGAUACAAAAGGCGUCCCUGGUCACGCCGGUUCCCGGGGGAGUCGGGCCCAUGACGGUUGCGAUGCUUUUGAGAAACACGGUCGCAGCAGCGGAGCUGGCCCGGGCUGGCAGAUAG